AUGCCUUCCAAGAAAGAAAAACAUCAUCAACAACAACAACAACAACAACAGGCUUUAAAUAAUAUUAAAUCACAGACAACACCCCUUGGAAAUAGUACAAAUACAACACCAAUACCAACAUCAGAUGAAAAGGUUCCACUUUCUAAUUCCUAUCAUACUGUAACAACCAAUCAUUAUACAACAACAACAACAAAAAAAACAAAUUUAAAUAAUGAACCAACAAAUAGUUUAGAUCAUUUAUCACUUAUUCGUGAUCAGAAAAAUGAACUUGACGAACUCAAUAAUCGUUUUUCAAAUUAUGUUCUUGCAUUACGAAAAAAAACUAAAGAAAAUGAAGAUUUACAAGUAAAAGUCGAUGCAGAAAAACAAAAACAUAAAAAUUUGGAAAAACGUGAUACGAAUGAUCUUGAAACACAAAUGGAUGAUCUUCGAAAUGAAAUCGAUGAAUCAGCUGUAUUAACUGAACAUUUUAUUCGUAAACGUAAUCGGGUAUUAAAAGAAUUAGCUUUACUUAAAGAUAAAAUUCGUACUGAAGAAGAUCAAACAUAUGCAAAUCGACGUCAAGCUUUAGAAAAUGAAUAUAAACAAACAUUAGUCCAACUAAAAGACUUAAGUCGUCGUUUUGAAGAAUUAGAAAAAACUUCUCAAGCAAAUAAAAAUGAAAUGAAUCAAAUGACUGAUUUAUAUAAAAAACUUGAAGAUGAAUUACAUGAUCUUGUAUUAGCUAAUAUCCGACUUGAAUGUAAUCUUCGUACUAUUGAAGAACAAACAUUAUUAACAAAAGCAGUUUAUGAAACGGAAAAAAAUGAUCUUGCUAAUGAACAACUUAAACAGCAAUAUUUUUAUACAGUUGAAUUGGAUAAUGCUAUUACAGAUAUAAAACGUGAUUUUCAAUUAUUAUUAAAGAAUAAUAAGGUUAUACUUGAAAAUGCUUAUACAGAACGUAUUGAACAAGUUAAAACACAAAUUUCAACAUAUCAAGCAAAUAAACCACAAGAAACAGUAUCAACAUCUCGAGUUCCAAUUGCAACAUUACAUGAAGAACUUAAACAAAUUGAAAAAACACGUGAAGGUAUUGAAGAUGAGUAUCGUCCAUUAAUCGAUCAAUAUGUAACAAAACAAAAAGAAAAAAAUCAACUUGAUGAAGAACGUAUUCGUCUUGAUACUGAAUAUACUCGUUUAAUAAGCGAAAUAAAUCAGUUAACAGAAGCAAUUGAAGUUGGAAAACAAUAUUGGUUUUCUGUACAUUUUGAAUUAGAAACAUACAGAAGAUUAUUAGAUUUAGAAUCAACAAAUACACCAACUGUAACAACAACUGUAACAACAACAACACUAAAUAAUGCUACUGUUAAUGAAAAAAAAGUUACUAUUAAUGAUAAAAAUUCUGUUAUGAAUGAUAAAAAUUCUACUAUGAAUGAAAAAAAUGUUACUAUCAACGAUAAAAAUACGAAUAGUAAUGAUAAAAAUGAUAUUAUCGAUGAUAAAAAUACGAAUAGUAACGAUAAAAAUACUAAAAAAAAUGAUAAAAAUAUAAAAACUAAUGUUGAUACUCCAGUUAUUAAUGGUAAAGAAGAAAAUAGUGUAAUUGAAGAAUUGGCAAAAUCAAUAAUGACAGUAAAAAAAACUGAAUCACAACGUUCUAUAUCAAAAACUGGUGAGAUGAAAAAAGCAGCUAAUAAGAAUGCUUUUCGAGAAGGUUCAAUAUUAACAUGUAAUAUUAUUUUAGGUAAAUUUGAUAUUGAUCAAGUUCAAGCAGGUUUUAUUUCAAUAAAUAAUGCUGCAACCAAUUGUGUUGAUCAGCCACUCAAAGGAUGGACAAUUGUUCGUACUGUUAAUGAUGGAGAAGAAAAUACAUUUCAAUUUCCUGAUUCAUACGUACUUAAAGCUAGAACACGUGUACGUGUCUAUUCUAAUAAAGUCGAAAAUGCUGGAAGCAGUGCAAUAGUAACUGGCCGUCUUACUGCAACUUCAAUAUCAGCAUGGGCUAGUACCGGUCAAGGUGAUAAUGUUAAAAUUAGCUUACUUGAUGACAAAGGCAUCAAUAGAGCUGAAUACACUGAAACAUGGCAAUAG